AUGGCGUAUGACUAUGGCUACGGCUAUGGCGGCGGACAGGGGGUGGCUGGCGGCUCGUCAAGCUCGUCGCUGCUGUCGCCGCGGACGGCUGCGCGGCAUGUGCUCUUUGAUCAGCUGUCGAACGCAUCGUCGCUGGCGUUCUCGUUGAGGGACGAGCUGCAGCGGCUGCCGCAUCAACUGGAUACGGCGGGUGCUUACGUUGGUGCGGCAGAGCUCGAUGGUUCGGUGUCAGAGACUGGGUCGAAGAACAGGUAUCAGGCGCUGAUGGCAGCACUCGAGGCGGCGGCGGCACCGAUUUCGGCCUCGUCAGUCUCUUCGCUCGGGACGCGAUGGGAGCCCGAGAUAGUGCGGGUCAAUCCUGUUGCACCCGCCGACGGUGAUGCUGCGCAGCGGAGCCGCAAGCGGCCGGCGGCCGAUCCGCUGGUCCGUGCCAUGGACGAGCUCGAGAUACGAACCCGUGGAUCGCCGUGGCGGGCACCGGCAAGCUCGGCACUGGCGCUGCUCUCUGCUGUCCCGGUGUACUCGGACGGCGAACAGGGCCGACGGGUGUGGCAGGUGCUUGUCCGCGCCGUCGAGGCUGUGACCACGCUUGUGGGCGACGACAGCAGGCCGCGGCUCGACGCGCUCCCGCACCCCGUCCUUACUGCCAACUAUCGGGACGAUGAUGCGCAACGAGCCGAGGUUGUGGCAACAGAGCAUGGAGUGGGAGGUGCCGCGCUCGCGUACGCCGUGCAGAGUCAUCUGGGCGAGACGCCACAUGCGCCGGACUCUGGUCGCCGCGGUGGAGACGUUCGAUUGCUACGUCGGCGGAUUUUCGACAUUGCCGCGCUGUACGAGGCGCGCAUCGCGGAGCUCGAGGACGAGUUGGAGGCUGUCAAGCAUGAUCCGGGGCCGGCCGCCGUUGUACGGGAGGUGCAGCUUUUGAGCAGCAUGGCUAUGGUAGAUGCGAGCGAGUUUGAGGCCGUAGAGGCCAGAUAUCGGACUCUAGGAGAGCUGCUGCGCGCGGAACUGGCGGCCAAGGAGAAACAGCUGGCUCUGCUGAGGGGCAAGCUGGCACUCAUUGGCGAGUCGGUGUGAUAAGGCGGUAAUAGGGUGGAUGAGAGUGGUGGUGUUGCAAGGGCAAAGCAAUGGACGAGAUAUAAACCGAAAAUUUCCC